AUGGACGGGACACCUUUAGAGGGCUGGUUCUUCCCUGCCGACUCGGACUUGCUCGUUAUUGCAAAUCAUCCUUUGUGGUUCAACCGUUAUGGCUUUCCAGCGCAUCUAGACACCUGGAAGCAGAUCGGCGCCGCGGGCGGAAAUGAUUUCGAAGUCGACUUUAUGCCUGAUUACCGCCACCUCCACGACGCUGGUUACAAUGUGCUCUGCUAUGACAUGCGCAAUUUUGGCCAUAGUGGUGCGGCAAACGGUGGCGUGGGUAGUAAUGGUAUUUAUGAGGCUCGUGAUGUUGUGGGUUCCCUCCAGUACGUUAGGUCUCGGGAAGACCUUCGUGACAUGAAGGUGGGCCUCUUUAGUCGUUGCUGUGGAGGCAAUGCCACCAUGAUUGCCAUGACCAAGUACCCCAAAUUCUUCAAGGAUAUUCGAUGUAUGGUUACUCCGCAACCUGUCUCAUUGCGUCCGUUCUAUGAGAGGAUCACCGAGAUACUUGGAAUCCCCGACAGGAUUGAUGAAAUCGAGGAGCAAAUUCGAUUGAUCACCAGUUUUAGCUUUGAUGAAAUGUCACCGAUCGAGCACGCCAAAAAUGUUAACGUACCGACAUUUAUCGCCCAGGUUCAUGAUGAUGCUCUCACAAAGCCGAGCGAUGUGCAGCAGAUCUUUGACAAUAUUCCUGUUGCGGACAAGAAGCUCUUUUGGAUCGAGGGCACUACGCGCCGGUGGGAUGGUUAUACCUACUUUCCGAGGCAUCCAGAGCAGAUGAUUGAGUGGUUCGACAAGCACAUGAAGUAG